AUGCAGCAUUCGCCCGAAAGACCCCGUGUGCGUGUGUGUGCUGCUGCUGAAAGCAGUCUUACUGCUGUGAGCAAUGCAGAAGCAGCAGGAGCAGCAUCCCUUGCCCCCCCCCCCCCCCCCCCCCCCCCCGUGGGAGAGCCGCCAAGUGCCGCAGAGGAAGCAGCUGCGGAACCUCAAGCAGACUCCCCAAGCCCAGCGCUGCUGUGGUGGCUGCUGGGAGGCUUUCAUCAAGUUGAACCGCAUAACCGCUUGCUCAUACUCUCCCUGUUGCUCGCAGUUGCCGCGUAUGUCCAGGUAGCCGCGAACGUGCAGUGUGGCUUCCGCAUGCGAAAAGUUGCGCUGAGGGCGAAGAAUGCUUUGCUUGCCGCUGUCUUCCACGCCGCCCUUAGAAGGCCGUAUGCGUUGCUGCCUUGUUAUGGCAGCGGGGAUGGCAGAAAGGGUCGAAGCGAUGGGGAGGGGCAAAACGACGUGCCGGCUGCCUCCCAGGGUGCCCUUGUCAUCUCGGUGCCUCCUGAAGGUCGCCUCGACAUGCAAGCAGAUGUGCAUGCGGCUUCGGAAGCAGGCCUAGUCGAUACGACAGAGCAGAUGGCCUCUCAGCUGGAUGCGGAGGGGCAGCCUCUCGGUGCUGUGGAGGCUUGGAGCCACCCCCAGACAGCGGCAUGGCGAGGGAGCCACUCUUCUCCAGUGUUUGCUGCCUCUCCCGAAGCGGUGUCAGAGAAAAGGUCCCAGCGGCUGACUCGAAGCCACAGCACCAGUGACAGCAGCAAGCACAGCAGCGGCGGAGGCGGCGCACUCACGCGGGCUGUCUCUUUCGGGGGCAACUUGCAUCGCGUUGUCUCGCAGACUCUCUUUGAUGGAGCUGCCGCUGCAGUAUUGACUGCAGCUGCAACGGCAGAGACGGCUGCAGCCGUUGCAGCUGAGGCCGUUGCUGCCGCAGCGGAGCACGAUGCAGCGAACAGCAGUGGGGGAGAAUCGUAUCUUUCGGCUGUGAGCGAAGGAGACGCAGACGAGGAAGAAGCUGCCUACGCGGAAGGGUUCGCCUCUCCUCGGCAGUUGCUCUUCAGCGAUUGCAACCCUAGAGGUUCCGACUGGCCGCAGGGCACAGCGCUGCCUCUGGAGUCGUCGCUCGAGACGCCGCAGCAGGCAGAACCGCGGGGUUCUUUGUAUCGUGUUGCAACGCAGCACGUGCUCGGACUUGGUGAAGGCGGGAUGCAGGAAGGUGGCGAAUCAGCUGCAUGCUCUGCAGGAGCAGCAGCAGGAGCAGGUCCUAAGCAACCACCAGGAGGCCUUGUUGCAGCUGCAGAUCGAAGUGCGCCACUUCCGAAGCCUCGCCAGCGUGUAGGCGCUGUCUCCGCAGCGACUACGAGGUGUCUCCGUAGCAGCAGCGGCGGGAAUAGUGCGUCUUCUUCGUCUGCAGGAGCUGCAGCGCUUGAGCUUGCGAACCUCGUCAGCGUGGACUGCGAACGAACGCAAGUGGGCAUAUGCGUGCUCCAUGAACUGUGGGCGGCCCCCUUGACCCUCGCGCUCAACCUUCUCCUGGUGUACAGGCAGAUACCUGGCGCCUUUUUGUACGCUGUGGCUGUUACUGGUGCGUACUACCUGCACGCGAUCGGCAAUUGUCUGUUCGUGUCAACGCCGCUAGUGGUCAAACUCGCGGCUCUCACCUGCCUCGUCGCCAGAGGAGAGGGGGGUGGCAGCAUGGCUAAGGCCAGCACGCUAUUCGCUGCGCUGGCGCUCAUUGACAAGGCGCUCCAAGCCCUCAACUCGUUGCCUACCCUCAUGGGGGAUCUGACGGCAGCAGCCGUGGCGCUCAAGCGACUCGGGAGAUGUCUUUCCCCCCCAUCGGGCGCUCUGCAACCCCAGCUGCCACCACACGACCAGCACGCGCAUCAGCGGCAACCCCAGCGCAAUUGCAGAGAAGCGCCGUACGAUGGGAAGGCCGUGCAUGUCUCAGAGACGCCAGGCACGUGCAGCGAAUCAGCCGUUUCGGGAGGAGGCGCAGACGCUGGCUCUGCAGUUAUCUGUUUUCGAGACGCUGCCUUUGCGUGGAGGCCUUUAAGGCCUCAUGAACUCCUGGCUAGCAGCGAUAGCUGCAUCUCUCCCAGUGCCGCGCCGCCGGUAGAGAGCCCCCAAACGGCCUCGAGCACCUCGCACUGUAGCAGCAGCAGCAACCGCAGCACUACACACUGCAACAGCGUCCUCUCGGGCAGCGGAAGCCGUCUGCUGCAACAUGGCUCUGCGGCGCAAGAAAGGCCUUGGCAUGCAUCGGCCUCUGGAGAGGGCGAAAGCCUGUACUCUCUGAGGAGCAGCAGCGCGGUGUUGCACGAUGUGCAGCUAUACAUCCAUCCGGGAGAGCUGCAUGUGGUAGUGGGAAAAUCUGGCAGCGGGAAGAGCAGCCUCCUAGCCGCGAUCUUAGGAGACAUGAAUCUCGUUGGAGGGGAAGCGUAUCUGAACCUCCCUCGACCUAGCAGCUGCAGCGCCAAUCUGACCAGCAGCAGGGCCGCACAAGACUCGCUGCUCUCCUCAAAGGAAGCAGCUUUGCUGCACUCCGGGGAGGCAGCGAAUGCAGCAGCAGCAGCAGCAUUAGCAAAUACCGCAAGCUGGAAUUGCGACGGCCGCGCGCCUGACUGCUUGGAUCCUUGGGAGCUCAUUGGAUACUCACCCCAGCAGCCAGUCAUUUUUGAGGGAACGCUACAGAGCAACAUUCUCAUGGGAAGGCCUCUUGUGCGCUCUGCCUAUGAAAGGGUCCUAAGGGCCUGCUCCCUGGAAACAGAUAUAGCGGCUCUGGGGGGUGAUGCCACACCUAUCGACGCUGGAGGGCAUCGCCUGAGCGGGGGGCAAAGGGCCCGUAUAUGCCUCGCGCGUGCAAUCUACAGCGCGGCCGCCGUCUCCGCCUGCGGCGUUGCCUUCCCGAGGUCUUCGAAACCAAAGGAAGAGUCCAACGUGGAUUUGGAAAGCGGAGAAACGAGAAGCCUUGAAGUCUCAGAAAAUAUGCUCCAAGAGAAGCAGCUAGUUCGCCUAGCUGCACUUGGACCGAGGGCACUCUACCUAAUAGACGACCCUUUUAGCGCUCUGGAUGCGGUCACCGCCAUGGCUGUGUGGCGUCGUGUUUUCGCCUCUGGGGGCAUCCUCAGCGGGCGCACAGUGCUGCUGGUGAUGCAGCAAGCAGCACUAAUCAUGGCCAAAUCCCCGUGUGUUGACGGCUUCGUCCUGCUAGACGGCGGACGUCACGCAGGUUCAUUUGUAUGUGCACGCAGUGACUCUGCAAGUCUCUUUCUCGAAGAGGAGGAGUGCAAUGACGGUGCGACGUGCAGCAACGGCUCCGCUGCAGAGCCCACGUCUAGAUACACGCCCACCAGCAAAUCUGACGAUUCUGGCGCAUGGAAGGUGGACGUUAACACUCCUGCCUCCGGUCCUGAGGCUACGCGAACCGGCGAAGUUGCCUGGCGUGUCUGGAGACUUUAUAUGCGCAGCGCUGGCGUCCACAUGGUGCUGCUGCUCCUAAUAGCGUGCGCGGUGAGAUUUUGA